AUGAGCAAUGUCGAUAUCGGCCAAAGAUAUAAAAAAAUUUUUCAAUACAUUUGGGACCCCGAACCGAAGAACGACCUCAACCCAGAUGAGUCUAUCUGGUGUAUGGGAAUUGAAUACCGGGCCUCAACCUCUCAUAACCCUAGGGUUAUUGAGAGAUCAGAGAUCCAGAAGGAAAUUACACCUCCAUCCACUAUUGACCAUCACUUUUUGAUAAGCUCACAGCCUUUGGGCAAAACAGAAUCUUCCCCGCCACACACGCCUGAGUGUCGAGAUUGGCCUUCUUCAUUUCUUGAUGAUUUUGAAUCAAAAACAUGGUCCACAUAUCGUUCGAAUUUUCCAGUGAUAUCUAAAUCCGCGGAUCCGGUUGCUCAUUCUUCUCUUAAACUUCACACGCGGCUUCGAACCCAGUUCUUGGAUACACAUGGUUUUACAAGUGAUACCGGAUGGGGUUGUAUGAUUAGAUCGGGGCAGAGUCUCUUAGCAAAUGCUCUAUGCGCCCUGAAUCUCGGUAGAGAUUGGAGACGAGGCUCCAAGACGGAAGAGGAAAGUGCGUUGUUAUCGUUGUUUAUUGAUGAUCCACAUGCUCCCUUUUCUAUACAUCGAUUUGUUGGGCAUGGAGCAUCUGCUUGCGGAAAACAACCAGGAGAAUGGUUUGGACCCUCUACCACGGCAUACUGCAUCGCGGCGCUAUCCAGUGAAUAUAAACAGGCUGGAUUAAACGUUUACUUAAGCAUCGACGGUCCUGACGUGUAUGAAGAUCGCUUCCGUCAAAUAGCCGGACCAGGCAUCACUCGGCCAACUCUUAUUUUGCUGGCGAUUCGCCUGGGCAUAGAUAAGGUUACCCGCGUGUAUUGGGAAGCGCUUACCGCGGUUAUGAGAUAUCCUCAGUCAGUUGGCAUUGCCGGUGGCCGCCCGUCGUCCUCGUUUUAUUUUGUAGGGGUUCAAGGCUUUCACUUUUUCUACCUUGAUCCCCAUCUUACACAGUCCGCGGUUUCAUGGAACCCAGGGUCUAUCCUUUCAUCUGAUGAUGUUAAUUCCUAUCACACUAGACGGCUUCGAAGAUUGCACAUUAAAGAAAUGGAUCCGAGUAUGUUGAUUGGAUUCCUCAUCCGGAAUGACCAAGAUUGGCAAGAUUGGAAACAACGUGUGCGCUCUGUACCUGAAAAAAAAAUCAUUCAUGUAGUCGACGGCGAACCGCCAGAUUUUAGCCAGUGCAUCGAAAGAGAAGCGCUGAGCGAGGUUGAGGUCCUAGAUGGGGACAACUAA